AACUCUUUACAAGUGAAGAUUCAAACCCGUUAACAAGUUCCACAAAUUAGGAACUUGUUCCCAACUCUCACAGAAGACUUCAGCAACGAAGCUUCCUUAACCUCACCUUACAAACUCACACCGAGCAAGACCUAAAACUGAAUAUAGUGAAUUUGAGCCAAGCUUUGUAUUCCAACCUGUAAAUUUUAUUUGCCUUUCUUCUUUCUAUUGUUGCUUUUGCUCUGUAUUCCAAUCUACAGAAAUGAGGGUAUCAAUUUGCAGCGUCAGUUCGUCAUUAUACUUCAUCCAAAAGACUUGUAAUAUCUUUCAUAUGUUUAUUUUGCUGUUUUUUAUUGUCUCAAAUGUACAAUCAUUGAGCUUUAGCUUCCCUACUUUUAACCAAAACACUCAAAAAAUUAUCUUAGGGAACGAUACAACUCUUACAAAUAAGGCGAUUCAACUGACUGCCAAUAGAAUAGAUGGCAGUCUCCAUGGCAGUGUAGGACGGGCAUCCUACAAACAGGCUGUGCGCCUUUGGGAUAAAAGCACAAACAAGACAACAAACUUUACCACCCACUUCUCUUUUAACAUUACACAGGCGGAUAAGAAUCCUAACUACUACGGUGAUGGACUCGCCUUUUUUCUAGCACCGUUCUAUGUUUCAGCUGAUGCUCCAGAGGAGUCAUCUGGUGGGUGUCUUGGUUUGAUAGGUGGUGCUAGUAAAUCUUGCAAUGUUACGAGUACAUACCCCUUUGUUGCUGUCGAGUUUGAUAGCUACCACAAUAAAUGGGAUCCAGGUUUUUCAUGGGAUCCGAGUAAUGAUCAUGUAGGAAUAAAUGUCAAUUCUGUAUAUUCAAAAGCAAAUUUUACAGUAACUGAGUCGCGCCCGUCUGUCAUUGGAUGA